AAAACUUUAUCAACCAUUAGAUUAGUAUUGAUUUGAUUUCAAUGUCUUUUCAAUCAUAAUAUUUAUACUAAAUGUCAGCCAAUUAUGCAAACGGAUUGUCAGACUAUGAAGACAAAGGCGUUUGUGGUCUACAAGAAAUCUUUGAACCGCCCGAAGAGGUUGAGUCCAAAGUGGAGUUACUGUCCAAAUGGUUGAUCCAAUCCAAGUGUGUAGUCGUGUAUUGCGGCGCCGGAAUCAGUACUUCCGUAGGAAUUCCCGAUUUUCGUGGUCCGAAUGGUAUUUGGACUCAAGAGGAGAAACAGAAGAAAGGAGUGAAAGUCGAAGACGAGGUCAAGAUUCUUGAGCUAUCGCUGGCCGACUGUAACCCAAGCGUAACACAUAUGGCGUUAAUAUCGCUAAUUAAGUCGAAAUACGUUAAAUUCAUUGUGAGUCAGAAUAUCGACGGACUGUUUCUGAGGGCAAACCUCCGGCGGCGACAUAUCGGCGAACUUCACGGCAACUUCUUCUUAGACGAGUGCACGGCCUGUAACUCGCGAUUCAUUCGGUCGACGCCCAGCCCUACGAUGGGCUGCAAAGUGUCGGACACNGGGCAAACCUCCGGCGGCGACAUAUCGGCGAACUUCACGGCAACUUCUUCUUAG